GAUUUCGCGUAGGAUUCACUCUCCUCCCUUCUUCUUCUUCAUAUGCGUCUCUUCCUCCCACGCUGGCACGUUGAAUCGACCGUGGUAGUCGUCGUCGUCGUAGACGUCAUCGGUCCGUUCUAAUUCCGCUCGCUAUUUUCGAAGUCGUAUCCGAAUUAGACAGUGUCGCGACGUGAACGUUAUCCAAACUGAUACUUUUGUUAUUAAAGUCGUUAUUAAGUGAUUGCUGUUUUUUUUAUUUAGUUUUUUGUGACUUUGAAAGUUUUGUGAUUUGAGAGAAUUUAGUUUGUUCGUUCAUUGCCGGUUGUUGAUUAUAAAGGUGAGCAAACCCGGUGUUUGCUACGGUAUUUCCGGUUUGUUCUGUUCUUAGUCAUCGUGCCAACGGUCUUUUUUCUCGUUUUUUUUAGUGGAUUUUUAAACAUGGCGCUGUUCAAAGAAAGACAGUGUUGGAUCGAACUACAGUAACCGUGGAUCAACCAAAGUAUGGCGUUUCACCAGUCCCGUCUGCUGUUAGUGCUAGCUUCAUUACCAUUAGUCGGAAUAAUCGGAUACCUGUGGUUAAGGAGGAAGGAUUACGACGAAGAAGACUUUGACAGUCCCGAACAGUGCGAAGAAAUAUCAACAUCCUGUACGUCUCUUGAAAAGGAUAUUGAAAUAACAACAAUCAGCUGCGAAUCCCCGGAAAAAGUUUUUUCGAGGUCUUUAUCUGGAAUCACAUCAACACCUAUUGAUAUCAUUAUACCACGUCAAUUGAGAGCCCACAAAUCGGCGCCCGUUUUUAUCUCCGACGAGGAUUUAGACUUGGAGAUUGAGAAGAUUAAGUCUAUGAAGAAUAAUAAUUAUCAGUGGAAAGAGGGGAAUAAUAAAACCGCUGAACCCGUUAAGGAAGAAAUGAAUGUUAAGGUUGGAGAGAUUGAGUGCGAAAGGGCCACUUUAAUGCCAGCUUCACCGAUGGAGAAAGCUACGACUUCAUCCACGAAUAUGUCCCCAAAAUUAACAAAAUCUUCGCCAAAGUCUUCCCCGAUUUCCAUGAAAUCUUCUCCUAAAUCUUCUUCCCCAAAGUAUAAAUCCCCGAAGGUUAUAAAAUGUACGCCACAAAAAACCAUUCUAUCCUCAUCAACAUCCCCAAAAGACCAAAAACAAGCAAAAUCGGUUGAAGAACAAUUUAAUUCAUUGAAUUUGUCGCAAAAAAAACAAUCUCCUCCAAAAGAAUGUGUCGUAAAUAAUGUAAAUGAAGAAAUCCAACGACAAAGUUCUGAAAGAGAUUCUGCAAAUCAUAGUCCUUGUGAUGUUAUGUUGGCUAGUCCAGCUCCAAGUAGUAUUUCUGAUAAUCAAAGUGAAGGUUCUAAUGAUAGUGGAAAAGGUGGAAGUGAUGUGGCAACUCCGCCAUCUCAAACCCCAGCAAAUGAUGGCUCUAUAUCAGGAGAUGCUGUUGAUAGCCCAAUGCCUGUAAUGUAUCAAUUUACGAUUCCUCAACAUUGCGUAGGACGACUUAUUGGACGCGGAGGAACUGUUAUUCAAGACAUCAAGUCAAAAUCCCAUACAAACGUUUUAGUUAAGAAACAUCCUGGAAAUACAAAAAUGAAAAUUUGCGUUAUUGAAGGAACACAAUUGGAGAUCGACAACGCUUUACAUUUAAUUAGAGAAAGAUUCCCAUUGAAAAAAUACCCGGAAAUCACUUUAGAACAGUUAAUAGUAGCACCAUCUCUAACACCAGAUCAAUUGGGAUUAAGAUUAAUAGAAGGUAUCAAUAACGACACAAUGGUUAGCUUUAUGAUGGAACCUAACCGAUUUUUUAUUCAAUUCCCAACGCAUCCAUCUUUCCCCUCUUUAAAUAUCCUCAGUACCAACAUGACCGAAUUUUACAAUACCAAUGAAACCCCAGCUGUACCUCUUCCAAUAGCUGAUUUUACGAUAUGCGCUUGUCACCUCGAUGGUUUCUGGUAUAGAGUGAUGGUGACAAAAAGCGAUGCAGAAACAGAUAGUUCUCACGUCACGUUAUUAGAUUAUGGCGGUUAUUAUUGGGUGGAAAACAGUCGAUUAAGACAAAUUAGCGGAGAUUUUCUUUUGCUGCCAUUCCAAGCCACUGAAUGUAUAUUAGCUAACAUUAGACCUAUUGGUGGUGAAAGUACUUGGCCCAAAGAAGCUUAUGAAGUAGCAGCAGAACUCGCAAAUAGAGCAUUAGCUUGUACACAAGUAGCUGAUUAUACAAGCAAUGGUAUACCACUAGUCUACAUGUAUAUUGUUGCUGGUCAUCAGGAUAUAGUGUUCCUAAACCAAGAAUUAGUCGAUAGAGGGUAUGCAGAAUGGAUUUCAUAUUCACAAGUUGAAAGCAGAACCACCACAACGCGAACAUAAACAAUAAGAAAAAUAAAAGGAAAAAAUUUGAAAUGAAGAAAUGGGGUCUUCGUAUUUAUUAUGACAGAAACGGAAUUGAAAUACGUUUUGAAGUCAUGUAAUAUUAUCGUUAAAAGACUUUUUACCUGUUUUUUAUAUGUGUACAUAAUCUAUUUAGUGCGUCCAAUUUAGGCGAUACAAUUCAAGAAGAUGUUAAAGUAUUUUGUUACGUUUUUUUUUCUUUACAUUUUUCUUUUCUACACAUUUUUUUUGAAAUAUUUCUUUUUUAAUUAUUAUUACCCUUAUGUAUGUUAACUACUUAUGUACUAAUUAAGAACUAUUAUUACAAUUUUUGACUUGUACAGCUGGUUUAUGGCGCACUAUUUUCGUUGGAGUCCGGAUGAUUUUAUGGUGUAUUAUUAUUUUUUUUUAAUUUCGGAUAAAAGAAUGUGGUUGUGUGUUUAAAAAAGCGAAGAUUAACUUAUAAGACUUUUUUUUGUUAAAUUAGCGGUUUUAUUUAGUAACAGAAAGAAGUGAUGAAUGCAAUUAUCUUCCAAAACAAAGUUUUAUGAAAAAAAUGAUAUACAGGUGUUUCUUUGGUUUAUGGCAUAAUGAUACAUUAAAAAAUAAAAAGCUUAUUUAAGCUGGAUUAUUAUAUUUUUUUUUAAUUAUGACUUAAAUCAUAGAAGAAAUCCUGUGUAGACACAGUAUAUAUGGAAAUAAUAUGUAUACCACAUAAUAUAAGAUACACCCUGAUAGAUUUUUUAAUGACUAUGUUAGAAGAGUAAUUGUAUAUAUUGUAUUUUCGAAUAUAUUAACUGGUAGUCAGUAGGUUUUGAGCCUUACAUUUAAAAUUGUAUAUUUUUUCUUAUUUUUUUCUGGGGUUUAUUUUUCUAAGCUUACAUUUAUAAUGAGAGGGGGUGAAAUUUUGUUUUUAUUUUUGCAAAAAAAUAUGUAUAAUUAAAUAUUAUUGUAUUUCAAUAUAAAACAAUAAUUACCAAGUACAAAAACGUUUAUUCUAUAACAAUUUCAAUUUUUCUUAAUUUUAUUUUUUGUGUAAAUGGCUGUAUAUUAUUACUUGAUUAUAUUUGGCACGAAAUAGCUUUAUUUUGAAAUUAUUUUAGUGGUUUUGUUUGGUACACCCUCUCUUUUAGAAAAUUGAAGUUAUUUUAAUAACAUAAUUUAUAAGUCAUUUUUUUUUAUUUGCAAUACGAGUAAAUUUUGAUUAAGUAGCUUAUAUAAAUGAUUGUAUGUGCUUCUUUAUGUAUGAGCUACUUAAAAUAAAAUAUAAUACUCUA